AUGUCGUCCUCGACGCAAAGGCCCUCCGUGCUCGUUACGGACUCGAGAGAAAGAUCAAAGCAGAGACGGCUGCCAAGGCGUCAGGAUGCCGCGUCCGUAUCGGCUGGCCGGGCGCCGAUGCGCUUCAUGACUGUCGACAACGUCCUGCAGUACAACUCGCAGAUCCCCUCCGGCCAGCCGCGAGGGCCGCCGGCAAAGUCGGCACAACGGCCAUCUUCGACGGGAGCUGGUCUGAUCGCCGGCCGCCGCGUCAUCGCCGGCGGUUUGCCGAGCAUCCAAUCCCGGACAGGGCAGCCGAUGCCCUCUCGGACGACCAAGAUCAGCGAGAAGCUGGUUUUGCUGCCAGAGACGAAUGACGACGACGACGAUUCGGCCGAUGGAGAGGCCGAGAGCGAGCCCUCGAUGGCGAGGAAGUGGCAGGAUGAAGACCAGAUGCCCCUGAGGGACGAGGAGCUCGACGUGCUCAAGAAGAGGGGCGGCAUCCGAGGAAAGAGCUACGCCGAGCGGCUGCCCAAGUUGCAGCGAAAGGACAAGGUCAGCCGAUUGACGGCCUACUGCAAUGCCCAGGCAUUCAAGAUGGGGGCCACGUCCGAGUUUCUGAAGCAGAAGCACGAGACCAAGACGAAGCUCUACGACGACUGCCUGUACGCCAUCUACGCCUUGCCGCUACUCAACGGCACCGAAGGCUACCGGGUGCGCGGUCGGCCGAUGCUGAAGACGCCGGGCACGGGCAAGACGAUGCUGGAUCUGGAGAUUGAGUGGACCGAGCAGCGCGACCAUCACGAGGGCUACUUUGACGACGACGCCUACUCGACGCCCGAGAGUCCCGAGCACGAGGACCGGGGCUCGGAAUCGUUGGACAUGCGAGGGCGAGGGGACGACUCGCGUCGUGAGCAGGACGAGACCAUACCGUCGCACAUCAACCGACUCGCCCCCGAUGCCAAGCACUUUGCCGAGAUGUUCGUCUUCUCCUACGGCGUCGUCGUCUUUUGGAAUUUUUCCGAGCACCAGGAAAAGGACAUACUGGCGGACCUGACGUUCGCCGACGCCGAGGACGGCAUCAGCCUGCUUACGCGACCGCUGGAGCAGGUCGACUUUGAGACGGAGGAGUUCCACUUCGAAUACAGCGCCGACGUCAAGCGGCCGCGCGUCUUCAACGACAUGAUCACCCUCCUCCCGCGGUCGGACCACAUGAUCAAGCUGACCAUCAGCCACGCCAUCGCGCAGAGCACGAAGCUCUGCUUCUUCGAGGAGAGGAUGAGCGAGACGAUGCUGGACACGCAGCACGUACCCAAGACGCUGGCCUUGACGGGUGAGCUGAACAUGACGAGAGCCGAGAUUGUCAAGAUCCUCGGCCACCUGUUCAAGAGCCGGGUCGACAUCAACCUCUCAUCCAACAUCCUCGACGUGCCCAACUUCUUCUGGGACUCGGAGCCCACGCUGCACCCGCUCUACGCCGCCGUACGCGAGUACCUCGAGAUCGACCUGCGCAUCAAGGUGCUCAACGAGCGGUGUCGCGUCUUCCUCGACCUGGCCGAGAUUCUCUCCGACUCGGUGGCCGAUGCCAAGAUGAGCUCCAUCACGUGGAUCAUCAUCGUUCUCAUCGUCAUCAGCAUUCUCGUCACCGUGACCGAGGUUGGCCUGCGCUUCGGCAUGCUGAGCAAGAACUCGGUCGGGGCCAAGAUGAGAGCGGCGGCCGCGUCCGCGUCCUGGAACGAAGAGAUGGUGGCCGGCGUCGCCCCAGCCAUCCUCGCCGUGAGGCGGGAAGCACGGGAUGAGGCCGGUCCGGAAGGCCGCAACGCCGCAGCCGUCGACGUCGGCGGCCUCGAGAGUCUGGCCAUCACCCUCGGUCUUUCCUCGAACGCCUCCAUCGAGGAGGACUCGGAACACGCCGGUCCAGGCCUGACGCUGUCCCGACCCCCUUCCGUUGAGGUGCUGGACGAGAUCGACGGCCCCAAGCGCGGUGCGAGUCCCCGCGCCAGGUCGCCGGCCUCAAUCGACGCAGCACACGCCUAG